AUGUUCAGGGAACUAAAGAUCUCAGUCCCCUGGGGUCACAUCGCCACUAAGGCCUGGGGGUCCUCACUGGGCCGUCCCGUGCUCUGUCUGCACGGCUGGCUGGACAACGUCAACACCUUUAAUCGGCUCAUCCCUCUGCUGCCUCCAGGAUUUCAUUAUGUAGCGAUGGAUUUCGGAGGUCACGGUCUGUCAUCCCACCGGGCCACGGGGUUCCCGUAUCACUUUGAAGACUUUGUGAGCGAGGUUCUCAGAGUGGUGACUUCCUUCAACUGGAACCGUUUUUCUCUCAUCACCCAUAGUUUUGGUGGAGUCGUUGGAGGAAUGUUUUCCUGCCUUUUCCCUGAGAUGGUGGAUAAACUCAUUCUGCUGGAUUCUCUUCCCUUCAUCCUGGAAACCAAGGAAAUUGAGCACCUCCUGAGCUACAGGCGGAAGGCGAUUGAGCACAUUCUGCAGGUAGAGGCCACUCAGUGUCGUCCCCCAACAACGCUCGGCCUUCCCGAUAUGCUGGAGAGGUUCCUGAAAACAAAUCCCCAAGUAGGAGAAGACGGUGGGAAGAUCUUACUGCAGAGAGGGACGAGCGAGGAGGCCGGAGGUCUGGUGUUGAACAGAGACAGGAGACUUAAACAAAUGGAGUUGUGCAUUGAAUGCGUAAGCAAGGCCAGAUUCCUGAGUUUCACCAAGAAAAUCCAGGCCCGGAUCCUGCUGAUCAAGUCCACCAGGGGAUAUUUUAACGUGAGAAGAGAAAACGACAAAGACGGGGAGUUGGUGGAGUCGACGGUGAACUUACUCAAGUCCACGCUGAAAGAGAGAUUCGAAUUUGUGAACGUAACGGGCAACCACUACAUCCACCUGAACGAGCCUCAGACGGUAGCUGGGAUGAUCGGCUCCUUCUUAGAAAGCGGACCCAAGCUGAGUGCCAGGCUAUAGCCCCGCUGCCCGCGGCCAGCCGACCGGUCGCUCAGACCAGGGAGACCUUCUCGUCGGCCUGGCCCGUGGCCCAGUGUGGCUCAUGUACCUAUGAGCCCGAAUCCCACCCUCCUCGAAGCUGACGGAAAAAUGACGGUGGCAAGGGCCAGGCUCCUGUGGAGGCGAUGGCUAAUGAGUCGUAAGCGCUAAAAGAGAGGAGCCUGGAUCUGGUGACAUUAAAGUCUGUGACCCAA